AUGCUGUUGAAUGAAACUCCACGUCCCUCACCAUUUCCUGAUAAUUUCCUUUUUGGAACUUCAUCUUCGUCCUAUCAAUUUGAGGGAGCAAUAUAUACAGAUGGUAAAGGCCUCAGUAACUGGGAUGUUUUUACUCACAAGAGUGGCAAUAUCUUGGACGGGAGCAAUGGAGACAAAGCUGUGGAUCAUUACCAUCUUUAUCUAGAGGAUAUUGAUCUCAUGGAAAACCUUGGUGUGAAUAGCUACCGCUUUUCCAUAGCGUGGACCAGGAUUCUUCCCAAGGGACGAUUCGGACAUGUGAAUAAGGCGGGGAUCGAUCAUUACAGCAAGCUUAUUGAUGCACUUUUGCAGAAAGGAAUACAACCUUUUGUCACGUUGACUCAUUAUGAUAUCCCUCAAGAACUUGAAGAAAGAUACGGGGCAUGGCUAAGCCCUGAAAUACGGAAAGAUUUUGAGCAUUAUGCGGAUAUAUGCUUCAAAUUUUUUGGCAGUCGGGUAAAAUACUGGGUGACCCUGAACGAGCCUAAUGUCAUGGCAAUUCGUGGGUACCGAUCGGGACUUUACCCCCCCUCUCGAUGUUCCGGUUCAUAUGGCAACUGUACCAAAGGUAACUCUGAGGAGGAGCCUUUAGUAGCUGCACAUAACAUGAUUUUGAGCCAUGCGGGCGCUGUUAAAAUCUACCGAACUCGAUACCAGAAGAAACAAGGAGGUAGUAUUGGAAUUGUAAUGAAUGCCGCUUGGUAUGAGCCUUUCAGCAACUCUACAGAGGACAGGCUGGCGGCCGAGCGAGCUCUAUCUUUCUAUUUAAAUUGGUUCUUAGACCCUAUAAUGUUCGGAAAAUAUCCCAAAGAGAUGCAUCGUUUGCUGGGGACCCAUUUGCCUGUAUUUUCAGACAAAGAUGUCGAGAUUAUGAGAAAAAACAAGUUGGAUUUUAUUGGUAUCAACCACUACACGAGCUUCUAUAGCAAGGACUGCAUGUACUCUUACUGCGAACCAGGGGCGCCAGGUGUCACCAUAUCAGAGGGUUAUUAUCUCCGUACUGCCUUUAGAGAUGGUGAGGCUAUCGGUGAACCUACUGCGGUCGAUUGGCUUUUUGUCUACCCUCAAGGAAUGGAGAAGAUUGUGACAUACGUGAAGGAUAGAUACAACAACACACCAAUGUUCAUCACGGAAAAUGGCCUUGGCGUUGAGAACGAGCCAAAUUCAUCCAUGAGUUACUUCCUUGAUGACAUCAAAAGAGUUGAAUAUAUGAAUAGCUAUUUGGAUUCAUUGGCAUUAGCAAUCAGUAAAGGUGCAGAUGUGAGAGGCUAUUUCGCAUGGUCAUUGCUCGAUAACUUUGAAUGGAUUUUUGGAUACACCAUAAGAUUCGGGCUUUACCAUGUUGAUUUCGGCACACUCAGGAGAACCCCAAAGUUGUCUGCAGGUCGGUAUAGAGAGAUUAUUGCAGCUUCGAGAGGCUUGCAGACAUCUUAA